UUAGCCAAGACUGCUGGUUUCUUUAAUUCCAAGCCAUGAAUGAAUCCAGGUGGACUGAAUGGAGGCUCCUGAACAUGAGCAGUGGCAUUGUGAAUGUGUCCGAACGCCACUCCUGCCCACUUGGAUUUGGCUACUACAGUGCAGUGGAUGUCUGCAUCUUCGAGACAGUUGUUAUUGUCUUGCUGACGUUUCUGAUCAUUGCUGGGAAUUUAACAGUUAUCUUUGUCUUUCACUGUGCUCCACUUUUACAUCAUUAUACCACCAGCUAUUUUAUUCAGACGAUGGCAUACGCUGACCUUUUCGUUGGAGUUAGCUGCUUGGUUCCUACUCUCUCACUUCUCCACUACUCCACAGGUGUCCACGAGUCACUGACUUGCCAGGUUUUUGGAUAUAUCAUCUCAGUUUUAAAAAGUGUUUCUAUGGCAUGUCUUGCUUGCAUCAGUGUGGAUCGCUACCUUGCUAUAACCAAGCCUCUUUCCUACAAUCAACUGGUCACUCCUUGUCGCCUGAGAAUUUGCAUUAUUUUGAUCUGGAUCUACUCCUGCCUAAUUUUCUUGCCUUCCUUUUUUGGCUGGGGGAAACCUGGUUAUCAUGGUGACAUUUUUGAAUGGUGUGCCACCUCUUGGCUUACCAGUGCCUAUUUUACUGGCUUUAUUGUUUGUUUACUUUAUGCUCCUGCUGCCUUGGUUGUCUGCUUCACUUACUUCCACAUUUUCAAAAUUUGCCGGCAGCACACCAAAGAGAUAAAUGACCGAAGGGCUCGAUUCCCCAGCCAUGAGGUAGAUACGUCCAGAGAGACUGGACAUAGCCCUGAUCGUCGCUAUGCCAUGGUUUUGUUUAGAAUAACCAGUGUAUUUUACAUGCUGUGGCUUCCUUAUAUCAUUUACUUUCUUCUAGAAAGCUCCCGUGUCUUGGACAAUCCAACACUGUCCUUCCUAACAACCUGGCUUGCUAUAAGUAAUAGUUUUUGUAACUGUGUGAUAUAUAGCCUCUCCAACAGCGUUUUCCGGCUAGGCCUCCGAAGACUGUCUGAGACAAUGUGCACAUCUUGUAUGUGUGUGAAUGAUCAGGAAACACAAGGCCCCAAACCUAGGAAACGGGCUAAUUCCUUCUCCAUUUGAAGAGGACUAUGUAGUAAAUCAAAUGAAAUCUGACAGUGGUUUUGGAUUGUAGUCUUGAUUCAUGUGGAAAUUUGCCAUCAUACAUAUAUUUACUUGAAUAAUUGACUAUGAAGUGAAGGGUGAGACUAAAGGUUUCUUUUCUUUUUCCUUUUCGUGGAAGAAACUGAAGGAAAGGAUGUAUAGAGGGUUAUCUCAUAAGAUAAUUAUAGCGUGUGAGUAUAAUUGUGCAGUAAUAGGAAAAAUUAAGCAGUAAGGAUGAAAAAAGUAUCUCAUACCUUUUGUAGGAAUUCAGCAAGCCCCUCGGCAUCUGUGUCUCUGAUUAUAAAUACUCUCUUCCUCUUU